UUUGGACUCGAACCUGACCUGUGUUGGAGCAUGGGGAAUGAGGAUUUGGGGUAAAUGCCUCACAAAUGAUGCGAGGGCACCUUUUAAAGCUGCUUUGGGCUGUGCAGACCAUUUUGAGAGAGCUCUUGGGGAGGAAAGCUUGGCUGGUAUGUGGCUCCUGCAGCCUUUCUGUACUUUGAUGGUAACUUGGCUUUUUUUAGAACAUAAACAACUCUUCUCGGGAGGAGUUGACGCCUUGGCAUGGGUUCUGAUGGCUGGAGGAGCGCAGCGGCAGACUCCUUUUUUGGGAGAGACAAGAUGAAGCAGCAGAUAGGGUCGGGAGAGGAGGGUCCUUCCUGCUCUGGGUGGGUGUCCGUAGGAGCCUCUCAGCUGCGGUGCGGGCUGGCAGCCCCUUAAAUGAAGGAUCGCGAACGAAGAGGCGGCUUAGCGCUUCCCCCGGCGACAAGGAGUCACGGCUGAAGGGCCGGCAGCUCCUUAAACGAAGUAUCGCUACCCAAGAGGCGGCUCAGCGCUUUCCCUCCCGGCGACGAGGAGUCACGCCUGUCCCCUCGCAUCCGCAUUUAAACCCCCAGGCGGCCGCCUAUUGGCUCGUCCCGCUUGCUGACAGCACGGCUAGCCAAUCGGGGGCGGCUGCUCCGGGGCGUGUAUGGGGGCAGCUCCUCCUCCUUUGGCGGGACAGCCCCUCCGGUUCCGGCGCGCCGCGGCGGAGGGGAGCCGAGAGCCGCGACCGGGGCUCGCCGGCUCGGAAGCUGCGCGGCGGAACAGCUCUGACGCAUCCCGGGACUACGGCGGAGGGGAGCCGAGAGUCGCGGUCGGGGCUCGCCGGCUCGGGAGCUGCGCGGCGGGACGGCCCCUUCCGCUUCUGGCGCAUCCCGGGCCCGGAGCGGAGCUGAGAGUCGCGGCCGAGGCUUGCCCGCUCGGGAGCUGCGCGGCGGCAGCGGGGCUGGCGCUGCCGGGACCCCGCGCUCCGCAUCCUGCUCUGCGCUCCGGCGGCUCUGGGUGGCGGAAAGCGCCUACGGGCGGUGACCUGUCCUCGGCCGAGCGUGGAGCCCGGCACGGGUGUUUGUGCCUCUCCUCUGCCUUCUUUCUGCCUUCCCUUUGGCUUCAGAUGAUGCCUUCACGCUGAGAGCUUUCCGAGGUCUUUCAGCUUGACUCGCUUGCCAUGGCCCUACCGGAGUGGCACAUCGCGGUGAAGCUGGCAGACCAACCCCUGGCUCCCAAAUCCAUCUUGCGUUUGCCGGAGACAGAGCUGGGAGAAUGCCCCCUCGGUGGCUGCAGCAUCUCCUACCUCAAGCAGCUGAUCACAGGCAGGCUGCAGGAGUCUGUCCCGGACCCUGAGCUCAUCGAUCUGAUCUACUGUGGCCGUAAGCUGAGGGAUGAUCAGACCCUGGAUUUCUAUGGCAUCCAGUCUGGCUCCACCGUGCACGUCCUGCGCAAGUCCUGGCCUGAGCCUGAUCAGAAACCAGAGCCCGUGGACAAGGUGGCAGCAGUACGGGAGUUCCGCGUCCUCCACACUGCCCUGCACAGCAGCCCUGCCUACAGAGAUGCAGUCUUCAAAAUGCUGGGGAACAAGGAGUCGCUGGAUCAGAUUAUCAUAGCUACUCCUGGCCUCAGCAGUGACCCUGUUGCUUUGGGAGUCCUGCAGGACAAAGAUCUCUUCUCAGUCUUUGCAGACCCCAACAUGCUGGACACGCUAAUCCCAGCCCACCCUGCUCUGGUCAAUGCCAUUGUCCUGGUGCUGCACUCAGUGGCUGGCAGCACUCCCUUGCCAGCCCCUGAGACCUCCUCUCGUGCCAUGUCCUCUGGCUCCUACCGUGACAUGCCAGGUGGCUUUUUGUUUGAAGGUCUGUCUGAUGAUGAAGAUGACUUCCACCAGAGCACAAGGUCCACACCAUCCAGCAGCACCUCUGGCUCCAGGCCAGCCUCCCUUGGCUACGCCGGGGCAGCUGGACCCAGGCCCAUCACCCAGAGCGAGCUGGCGACGGCGCUGGCCCUGGCGAGCACCCCGGAGAGCAGCUCCCACACACCCACCCCUGGCACCCAGGGUCACUCCUCUGGGACCUCCCCAAUGUCAUCCAGCGUGCAGUCAGGAACACCUAUCACCAAUGACCUCUUCAGCCAGGCCUUACAGCAUGCCCUGCAGGCCUCAGGGCAGCCCAGCUUGCAGAGCCAGUGGCAGCCACAGCUCCAGCAGCUGCGGGACAUGGGCAUCCACGACGACGAGCUAAGCCUCCGAGCCCUGCAGGCCACUGGAGGGGACAUUCAGGCUGCUCUGGAGCUUAUCUUUGCUGGUGGAGCUCCAUAGCUUUGUGGCCAGGAGAGGCUGGACUGGUGAGUUGCACUGAGGCAGCUGUCACCUUCCUUGGCCUGGGAACCUGGGUCCAAACCUCUCUCUGCACUGGGGUUCAGAGAUGAGACCUCAGACCUUUAUCCAGUCUGUUUCCUCUGUCUUUGACCUGUCAGCAUCCUCUGCUGCCUGAUGUUUCAUUCCUGCCCACCUGAUGUGUUGCUUGUUAUGCUGUUGUGCUCCCUCAGACUCUAUUAAAUGGACUUGCAUUUGCUUGGC